UCGAAAACUGUGACUGGAAUCGUUCUUCGGCACUGCGAUUUGGGCCACAUGUGGAGCCGAGUGGUUCGAGUGGCGAGCACGGUGCGAUCGGCCCCGCGGUCGGCGCUUAUUCAGCCAUGUUCGGCCAUCAAAAUGGAAAACCAUCCGUGUUCCUUGCACUCUUCCAUUCGGUUCAUGAGCCAACAGCGCUCGAAGAAAGUCCCGCUCAACGAAGAAAUCCGUGCUCACAGUGUGACCAUCGUCAUGGAGGACGGCACGGUCCGUGAGAAUGUGGAAAAGCGCUCUGCCGUGCGGGAAGCUCGAUCCCUCGGCUUCGAUCUGGUCCAAGUGAGUCUGCAGCCGUCGGAGAAACCGAACGGACACCCGCGCGUGAUCUGCAAGAUGUAUGACUUCCGCAAGCGCAUCCAUAGCGAACCCAAACCGACGGCGGACGAGCCAGAGCGGAAGAUGAAGGGAGACAAGGAUAUGGUGUACAAGGUAGACAUUGAAGCACAUGAUGAAGGAGUCAAGACGAGGCGCGUCACUGGAUUCCUCGAGAAAGGUCACCCCGUGAACCUUGUGAUUGAAUGGGGCCAUCGUUCCGAGAAGCGUCCAAAGGGAAUGGCGUUGUACGACCGCUUGCUAGAGACCAUCGAUGCUCCGUACGCCGUCGCCAAGUCAAAGACCACAAACCACGCCAUUCGCGCGCGACUGAAUCCGUUGUUCAAGAAGAAGAAGGCAGCGACGACGCAUAACACGAAUUGAUCUUUGUGUCCGACCUCCUUCCCUCACGUGCAGAAACGAGCACUGGCGCAUCGAAACACAUCCCAAGGGCGGCGGCGCAUCAAGACGAGGCCAGGGGCAGCAGCGUUGGUUGUGUCGCGCCUCCUGGCACUGGACUCGAGUGGGUUGCUGCUGCCUUGCCUGCCGUUGGCGCUUUGGUACGACAGCAUCGACCGUCCCCAACUUUUUAUAUAUGUUUUCGUAUGGGUGCGGGUGCGGUUGUCGCAUUUGCCACGAAAA